UCUGCCUGCUGUGCCCCAGGUGUAUGAGACCAGUUGCUGCAGCCACCAAGCUCCCUCUUUGGCAUUUAGAACCACUUAUUGAGCAUUAGUCCAGGCCCAGUGCUACCCACUCAGCAAAAGGAUGUAGAGCAGGGAGGCGCCAGGCUAGAGGUUCCAUGCUGCUGCCGGCUGCUGUGACAGGCAGCGGUGCAGGCAGCUUUAAGCAUCCUCUCCCCCCUACUUGGCUGUGACGGCACAGUGUGCACUGUGCAGGAGGACAGGAAAAGGAAGAGGAGCAACAUAGAAUGAAGGAGCGCAGCUACACGGGACCAGGCUGAUGAGGAGGAACAGGAGGAUAAGCAUCUCCAGCCAGACUUCCUUAGGGAUGGCGUCUGCUGAUCUGAGACAGGAACUGGACUGUUCCAUCUGCCAGAGCAUGUAUACAGAUCCUGUAACCCUGAGAUGUGGCCACAACUUCUGCCGGGACUGCAUUGAUCGUGUGCUCGAUAUACAGCAGGAGAGUGGAGCUUAUUCCUGUCCUGAGUGCCGAGCAAAGCGCAAAAGACGUCCUGGACUGAUACGGAACAUUCCUCUGUGUAACAUAGUCGGGAGGUUCCUAGAAACUCUGCCAGAUCAGGAGGACACUGGGAUCUUCUGCUCUUACUGUAUUCACUGUCCUGUACCCGCCUCUAAAUCCUGUCUGCAUUGUGAGGCUCAUCUGUGUGAUAAUCACCUGAGAGUACACAGCAAGUCACCAGAACACGUCUUAUCUGAUCCCACCGCUGCCCUGGGGAACAGGAAAUGCUCCGUCCAUAAGAGGAUCCUGGAGUAUUACUGCUCUGAGGACGCUGUCUGUAUCUGUAUGUCCUGCUGUCUGAUUGGGGAACACAAAGGCCACCAGAUGGAGUCACUGGAUGAGGCCUCUGAGAAGAGGAAGGUGAAACUGAGAGAUGUCCUGCAGAAAUUGUCCAUAAAACGAACAGAAGCUGAGAAAAGAGUCCAGAGUCUGCAGGAGCGGAGGAGAGAAGAUCAGGGAAAAGCAGCUGGUGUAAUAGAGAGAGUCACUGCCCUGUUUAGUGACAUCAGGAGACAGCUAGAAGACCUGGAGAAAAGAGUCCUGAGUGAGAUCUUCAGGCAGGAAGAGCACGUUUCACUCUCAGUCUCUGAUCUGAUCCAGCAGCUGGAAAUAAAGAAGGACGAGCUGUCCAGGAAGAUCAGUCACAUUGAGGAGCUGUGUAACAUGUCUGAUCCAGUGACUGUCAUACAGGAACCAGACACAGGGGACUUUUGUGAUACUCAAGUUAGGAAGAGACGUCAUACACAGGUCCAUGAUGGUGGAGAUCUGGAUGUGGGUCUGAUCUCAGGGACAUUACACACCUUGUCUGAUAUAAUAACAGGGAUAAAUACAGGGAUCUAUGUGCAGGAACCAGCAGACACAUCACUGGAUGUAACCACAGCUGUUAAAACAGAAUCAGACACAAUAUCAGGCACAAAUACAGGGAUCUCUGUGCACAAAUCUACAGACACAUUGCUGGAUAUAACCACAGCUGUUAAAACAGAAUUGGAUAUAAUAACAGAUAUAAAUACUGGGGACUAUGUUCAGGAAGCUACAGACCUGCUACUGGAUGAAAUCACAUCUGGUGCUAAGAUACAGAUAUCAGAUGAUGGGAAAACUGCAACGCGGAGUGAUAUAAUCCAGAGGAAAUCAAAAUACAGAUUUCAGUAUCCCCAGGUGAUAAGCACCAGGGAAUUCUCAUCAGGGCGGCAUUACUGGGAUGUGGAUGUCAGUAAAGCCAAGUGGAAGGUUGGGAUGUGUUACCCCAGUAUAGACAAGUGUGGGCGUCAGUCAGAGAUUGGAUAUAAUAACAAGUCCUGGAGCCUGUGCAUGGAGUAUAAUUGUCAGUACUUAGUGAGCCAUGAUGGUAUAGUGGACGUGUUAGAUGACAGUAUCCCCUGUGACAGAGUGAGGGUAUAUCUGGACUAUGAGGCAGGACUGCUGUCCUUUUAUUCUCUGUGUGACCCCAUCAGGCACAUAUACACCUACUCAGCCACCUUCACUGAGCCCCUCCAUGCUGCAGUAUUUGUUAAGGAGGGUUGUAUAACUACGGGCUUGAUACAGACUCUCUCGCAGUCCUGAUUUGGUUGCAAGUGGUUGAUAUUUUCUGGGAUGCGCAUGCUCUGAGGCUGCAGGGCACAAGAGCGGUGACGCCACUGAUACCCCAGAAGCAGUGCCCCUGGAUGUUGUAGCACGAGUUACAUGAUUCCAGCAUUUGGACGAGGAAACGUUCCUUGAAACGGAGAGGGGAGCGUCUGUUAUAUGCGCACUUGUUCUAAUAUAACUUUUUGAUAAAUUAGAAGUUAAAAAAAAAAACUUAUUUCUAGAAUAAAUUACAAAUAAACACCAAAAUGUAGGUAACAAAUUAUAUAGAAAUAAGUGUUUAUAGUAAAGAUAAAUUGUUAAUAUAAAUAAAAUAUUGUUCAACUGCGAGUUUAUAUGCCGCCGCCUUUUUACGGUGAUUUUGUAUAUUUU